AUGUUUCCAUUUCUGGUUCGUGUUGCUCUCAGCAAGAAGCCUGCAGCUGCAUCUUCCAUUUGGUCCCUUCAUAGAGCAAUAUUACUGCUUCCACCAUCACUGAAACCCAGCAGCAAUCAGUACCAUUAUUACCAUCAUCAAGUCAACGUAAGCUCCACAGAAACCAUCAAACCGUCUUCCCCAACUCCCGCCAAAUUCGCCACAUUCAAGCUCUCCCUCAUCGACAACCAUGUCCCGCCAAUUUACGUACCUUUCAUCUUCUUUUUCCCUGCUCCCGCCUCCACCACGGGACCAAAACCAGGGGAGAGAUUCGAGACCCUCAAGUCUUCACUCGCCCAGGCCCUCACGCGCUUCUACCCACUCGCCGGCAGGUUGUCCAAAAUCGGCGACAUCAAUGGAGCAGGUUCGGUUCCCGUCGUCCAUUGCAACGACGAGGGUGUGCCGUUUUCUUCCGCCGCGGUCGAUUUGUCCAUGGCCCAGUUUCUCAGGAAGCGAAUCGAGAUCGACUCGCUCCAGCAAUUCCUCCCUUUCCCUGCCGAUCUGAUCAUCUCGGGCCUCGAAUCGGUGCCACAGAUCGGCUUCAGGGCUACCGCGUUCCCCUGCGGCGGGAUCGCCAUCGGUGUUUGCUUCUUCCACAAGAUCGUAGAUGGCCCCACCUUGGCCGAUUUCAUGAAACUCUGGUCCGCCGUCGCCAGGAGCGAGGAGAAAACGGCGGCCGCAGCAGUAGGCGGCAGCGCGUACGCUCACGAUCUCGCUGCCAGGUCACUCCUGCCGCUGCGGCACGACGACGUCGCCGCGGCGCCAGGGGAUUUUGUGGGGGAACAAGGGAAGAUCGUGACGAGGAGACUCGCGUUCGACGAAGGCGCGAUUCACGCGCUGAAAGCCAUAGCGAGGAGCGAUCAGAUACCCAACCCGAGCCGGAGCGAGGCAGUUGGUGGGUUUUUGUGGAAGCACGUGAUGAGCGCAGCCGCCAGAGCAGCGUCAACCGACGGGUCAAACCCCAGAUCAGUCGUCUCAAUUGCAAAGUUUAUGGCAAAGUUACAAGGCAGAGAUGGGAGACAAGAGUAUCUGAUGAAUCUAGAAGCAUUGUGGAAGCCGGCGAUUGCGGUAGAUGAUGUUGUUGAAAACCAGACGAUAGUAGUGCCAUUUAGGAUAACUUCCAAUAUCGGAAUGAGAUUCUACGAUGUUGAUUUUGGAUGGGGAAAGCCCUGCUUGGGUCACCAUGGCUAG